AUGGGAGAUAUUGUUGUGUCGAAACCAAAAGAAGGUGGAGGAACCAAAGUAAGCUGUCCCAUGCUUACGGAGGUUAACUACAACGUCUGGGCAAUCCGGAUCAAGCUAUUGUUGAAGGUACACAAAGUCUGGGAUGCAGUGGAGAAUGAAUCUGAUGAUGAAGACAAGAAGGAUUUGGCUAAAUCCUUAAUCUUUGGUGCCGUACCUGAAACGCUUGUACUACAACUAGGUGAGUUGGAUUCUUCAAAGAAGGUGUGGGAUGCAAUAAAGUCGCGGUACGUAGGGGCAGAACGUGUGCGUGAAGCGAGAUUACAAACCUUGAUGAGUGAUUUCGAGAGAUUGAAGAUGAAAGAUAGCGAAACCAUAGAUGACUUUGUGGGAAAGCUAACAGAGAUUCGAUCUAAGUCAGCUGCUCUGGGAGAAACCAUUGAGGAAUCUAAGCUCGUUAAGAAGUUCCUGACCAGUCUCCCACGAAAGAAGUUCAUCCAUAUGGUUGCAUCAUUGGAGCAAGUCCUGGAUCUCAAGACAACGAGCUUCGAGGACAUGGUCGGUUGA